AUGACCUCUGUCUGCAUAUCAACCUGUGUCAACGAUGCCAGAGUCCCUAGCAAAGCCACCUACAUGAACCUGGACAAGUGGCCGGAAUCUGACGCCGAGUCAGUGAAAACGGCGCCCGGAGGAGGAGAAGGGCGGCACCACCGUCCCACGGUGGUGGAGAGUAUCUCAUGUAGGCAGCUGUACUUGAAGAGCUACACAUUUUCCAGGAAAGAGACUGUGCCUGAGAGGACCAAGAAGUGCUUGGAUCGAGCCGGAGAGAGGGUGGUGGCUCGUGGCGGUGAGAGGAGGAGGAGGAGGAAGAGGAAGGCGGUUCGGGGUCAGGGAAGAAAGAGGAGUGUGGUGGUGGUGGUGGUGAGGAGAGUGAAGGAGUUAUCGUGCGCCGCUUUGUGUGCUAUCUUCCACAAGCUGCUAUAUUGCACUGCUAGUGUGGAUGUUGUGGACCAUAGAGAACAGCGAGUGCAGUUGUAG